AUGACUUUUCUUAAAGAUCCUUCUGUCAAGUACAAAAAAUUCCCUCCUAUCAACCUGCCAAAUCGUCAGUGGCCUGCUAAGACUCUCGACGUGGCUCCAAGAUGGCUGUCGACUGAUCUGAGAGACGGAAAUCAAUCACUUCCUGAUCCUAUGUCGGUUGAGGAGAAAAAGGAGUAUUUCCACAAACUGGUGGAACUUGGUUAUAAGGAGAUUGAAGUCAGUUUCCCAAGUGCCAGUCAGAUUGAUUUUGAUUUCACUCGUUAUGCUGUUGAGAAUGCUCCUGAUGAUGUUUGGAUCCAGGUUCUCACUCCAUGCAGAGAAGAGCUGAUUCGACGAACUGUCGAGUCGGUUCGUGGCGCUAAAAAGGCUAUUAUCCAUGUGUACCUUGCUUCAUCUCCUCUGUUUAGAGACGUUAUUUUUGGCAUGACUGAACAGGAAGCCAAGGCUUUAGCCGUCAAGUCGACCAAACUGGUUCGUGAGCUCACUAAAGACGAUGCUUCUACUGCUGGUACUGAAUGGGCUUAUGAAUUCUCGCCAGAAACCUUUUCUGACACUCCUCUUGAAUACUCUGUUGAACUGUGUGAAGCAGUGAAGAACGCCUGGCAGCCAUCUGUGGAGAUUCCAAUUAUUUUCAAUUUACCUGCUACUGUUGAAAUGUCGACUCCUAAUGUGUAUGCUGACCAGAUUGAGUAUUUCAGCACCCAUAUUUCCGAACGUGAGAAGGUAUGUAUCUCUCUCCACCCACAUAACGACCGUGGUUGUGCUGUAGCUGCUGCUGAGCUUGGUCAAAUGGCCGGUGCUCAAAGAGUUGAGGGAUGUCUAUUUGGUAACGGUGAAAGAACCGGUAAUGUUGAUCUUGUCACAUUAGCCAUGAACCUGUAUACACAGGGAGUUACACCUAAUAUCGACUUUUCAGAUAUCACCAGUGUGGUUGAUGUGGUCGAGAGAUGUAACAAGAUCCCAGUGCAUGCCAGAGCUCCUUACGGAGGAUCUCUUGUGGUGUGUGCAUUCUCAGGAUCUCACCAGGAUGCUAUUAAGAAGGGAUUUGCUCGUAAUGACGAGCUGAAAAAGAAGACUGAAGGCCAACACUCGUGCUGGCAAAUCCCCUACCUGCCUCUGGAUCCUCAAGAUGUCGGUCGUACCUAUGAAGCAGUUAUCCGAGUCAACUCGCAAUCCGGUAAAGGAGGUGCAGCUUGGAUUAUUCUACGAAACCUCGAGCUCGACCUGCCUCGUGGUCUUCAAGUGGCAUUUUCCAAGAUCGUGCAAACCGAGGCCGAGUUUAAGGGCCGCGAGCUCAAGGGCGACGAGCUUGUUAAUUUAUUUGAAAAGGAGUACUUCCUGGAAGAGUCGAGCGCCAACUACGACUACAACCUAGUAGACUUCAACAUUGUCUCUGGUAAGGAGUUCAAAGACCAACGUCUUCUCGACGGUACUGUCAACUACAAGGGCAAGGAGCACAAGAUUGCUGGUAAAGGUAACGGACCCAUCUCGUCGUUCCUAGACGCCAUCAAAUCGACCUUCGACAUCGGUCUCGAGGUGCAAUCCUACUCCGAGCACUCCAUCGGCAAGGGUUCGGCCACCAAAGCCGCUACCUACAUCGAGCUCUCGUGCGAGCUUCCUGGCCAGCCCAACAAAUUCAUCGAAUGGGGUGUCGGCAUCAACGAGGACGUUUCCCAAGCCUCCAUCCUUGCCAUUCUCUCCGCAUUAAACAGAAUCUCGCAACGCGUAUAA